AGCUGUGGUCAAGUUCCGAAAAGGUCUGACAAAUUUUUAACACAGUAGCAAAAUAUGGGGCUGCAUUCCUGCAGAACUGAAAGAGCAAAGUCCGAGGGCCCCGCUGGCCACGUGCUCCUACACUUCUUGUUAAAUCAGACCGUGGGCACCCGGGCUACGCACGGCAGGAGUGAGCGCAGCUCCAGGGUCCCGGGACGAGGCGUGGAAGGGGCAAACGUCUCCAGGUGGCUUGUCUUUUUUUUUUAUUUAUUAUUUUUUUUAACCGACUCCGAGAAGCCCUCAUUGCUCUGUCCCGAUAGGUGGAGAAAAGCAGCGCGGGGCUGAACUUCCAAGUUCCGAGGUCCGCUCUGCCUUGUGACCACUGGGCUGCUGACCUCGUCAGCAGGCUACACUCUCCUAGCAGGCGGCCAUGACAAGGUUCCCUUGGCGCGAAUUACAAGGAAACCCAAGAAAUACUUUUAAAAAAGAAAGAAAAGAAAAUUCCAUCCCAAAGCCCCGAAGUGGAGUCACUCGGGCAGGGCUGUGCAGGAACUUGGGGACUCACUCGAAGAACUGGGGGCUGGGGCGUCGCACCUGGACACGGGAGACAAAAGUUGCGGGCAUCCCACCCAGGGGUCGCCAGCAUGCUUUCUGCCCGAUUGGCGGAAGCGCUCAGACUUUUCUUUAUGGCGUCACCGGGUACCUGCCUGUAGGAAGGCCCCGGCUGCGUGACGUCACGCCGCGCUGACCAAUGAACGGCCCGAGCCGGCGGGCCCCGAGGAGGGUUGUGGGCCCUUCUUUUUUUGUGAAUGAAGCUCCACGGACCAUCCCUCCUGGGGGUCCCCGGGAGCCGCGGCCCGCAGAGCUCGGACACCCAGGCAGCAGCGUCCCAGGGCGCGCGCGCUUUGCCCCAGCCGCAGGCCAGCGCUGUGUGGCCCCCGGGGCGCGGGCGGCGGGAGACGCAGCUCGAGGACUCGGGGCCGGGCUGCCGGGCCAUGGUCGCGGUCCCCUGACGGGCCGCGGCCGCCUCCAUGAAGCGCAAGAGCGAGCGGCGCUCGGCUUGGGCUACCGCGCCCCCCUGCUCUCGCCGCAGCUCGUCCUCCUCUCCCGGCGUGAAGAAGAGCCGCAGCUCCACGCCGCAGGAGCUGCACCGCCUGGAGCAGCAGGACGACCUGUACCUGGACAUCACGGCAGACCAAAGAGUGCGUCAAACGAGCAUUAUUUCAGCAUAGAUAAUGAACUUGAGUAUGAGAACUUCUACGCGGAUUUUGGACCGCUCAAUCUGGCAAUGGUUUACAGAUAUUGUUGCAAGAUAAAUAAGAAGCUCAAGUCCAUUACGAUGCUGAGGAAGAGAAUUAUCCACUUCACUGGCACCGACCAGAGAAAACAAGCGAAUGCCGCCUUCCUUGUUGGGUGUUAUAUGGUUAUAUAUUUGGGGAGGACUCCAGAAGAUGCAUAUAGAACAUUAAUCUUUGGAGAUACAGCCUAUAUUCCUUUCAGAGAUGCUGCCUACGGAAGCUGCAGUUUCUAUAUUACACUUCUCGACUGUUUUCACGCAGUAAAGAAGGCAAUGCAGUAUGGCUUUUUAAAUUUCAACGCAUUUAACCUUGAUGAAUAUGAACACUAUGAAAAAGCAGAAAAUGGAGAUUUUAACUGGAUAAUACCAGAGCGGUUUCUUGCCUUCUGUGGACCUCAUUCAAGAUCGAGGCUUGAAAGUGGUUACCACCAACAUUCUCCUGAGACUUAUAUUCCAUAUUUUAAGAAUCACAAUGUAACUACCAUUAUCCGUCUGAAUAAGAGGAUGUAUGAUGCUAAGCGCUUUACGGAUGCUGGUUUCGAUCACCAUGAUCUUUUCUUUCCGGAUGGCAGCACCCCUGCUGAGGCAAUUGUCCAAGAGUUUCUCGAUAUUUGUGAAAAUGUUGAGGGUGCCAUUGCAGUGCACUGCAAAGCUGGCCUUGGCCGAACAGGUACUCUGAUAGGCUGCUACCUCAUGAAGCAUUAUAGGAUGACGGCAGCCGAAAGCAUUGCCUGGCUCAGAAUCUGUAGACCGGGUUCUGUGAUUGGGCCCCAGCAGCAAUUUCUGGUCAUGAAACAGUCAAGCCUCUGGCUGGAAGGCGACUAUUACCGCCAGAAGUUGAGAGGGCAGGAGAAUGGACCCCUCAGAGCAGCCUUCUCCAAACAACUCUCGGAUAUUGACGACAUUUCGAUAAGUGGGCUUGAGAAUCAAGACAAUCAAGAGCCAGAGCCGUAUAGUGAUGAUGAUGAAAUCAGUGGAGUAACACAAGGAGACAAGCUUCGGGCCCUGAAAAGUCGGAGACAGUCCAAAGCCAACACUGUCCCCCUCACAUGUCCCCUAGCUGUGCUGACCUCUGCACUGUGUAGUGUUGCCAUCUGGUGGAUUGUGUGUGACUACAUCCUUCCCACCCUGCUGUUCUGUCUUGAUGGCUUCAGAACACAGUAGCCAUCCGGACCCUUUGACAGAUAGUUUGCUGUUCCAGCCGUUUCAAGGACUAAGACAGUCUUGCGUUAAAAAAUCGCUGACCAGACUCCAGGGAAGACUAGGAACAGAAAACCCCAACAGGAUUUAGCCAAUCGCUCUGAAAACAAAACAGACACUGCAAAGGCCUUAGUUUCUCUCCACAUAAGAAGUUCAUUCAAUGAAGAAAAUAUCACCGGCCUCUCAGCCACACACUGACUAAGGGCGUGGCUGAACAUUUGACGGCCCGACUCCCACUUUGUAAUCUCAAGUUGGAUGAAAGCUGCUAUCGAAAGUUUAGUCUCAGGUGUCAAUCCCCGGCCCUCAGCCACCAGAGAGCUGUCUGGUGAGCGUGGUACAUGUGUGUUCCUGUGAUGGCAAUCGUGUUUGCUGCUGGCCUUCAGAAGGAUCUGAUGAAGGUCUCUUGGGUAUUUAUUUUUUGUUCAGCCUGUGAUCGCAGUCUUGCGAUUAAAGAUGAAAGAAGACUAGCAUCUCUCCAGUGGUACCCUCCGUCUAAGACAGGAUUUGGUACAAUGUUUCACUUUGCUCCUGUUAAACCUGUCGUGAUGUUCACUGUGUGAAGUACCCAAGCUGCUUGUCUUUCACCAAAGAGUGCUUUAAUAACAAUCUGUGAAAACUACAUUUAAACACUUACAUGUUGCUGUGGUUACCAAAACAUGCUAAAGAAUGUUGAUAGAGUGUUUGGACCUUUUCUCGGUUGAAAGGUUAUGUAAGUCCUUCCUUGUGUCCUUUAGGAUGAAGACUUCAGGGCUGGGCGUUAGAUCGCUCAGUCACACGUCAGAAUUGUGUUUCCUCCAGUAUUUAGAACCAACCAGCAGUGCUGGUGUUUGGUGGCUUUAAAGACACAAUUGUUCACCCUCUGUAGAGUCUUUUCUCUGUGCUGCUGUGGAGUUUUGUUAUUUGUGUCAUUCACAGUUUGAUUUUAGCGGCAAUUGCUUGCUUCUGGAGUUAGGCUGUUUGUGUAAGAGAACUCACUGUUGCCUUUGGUUAGGGAAUACGACUAGAAACUGUAGCGUGCCUUCUCUCUUCACCCCUGCUGGAAGUCAACAGCACCUGUGCCAUGAAGCAAUUGCAAAAGCCAGAAUUUAUCUGUUGCCCAAAAGAAAAAGACAGAGCCAAUCGUUAGAGAAUGCUUUAGAGUUGUCCUGGUUACCUCCACAGCAGAGGAAUGGUUUUUAUUGACUCUUCCCAGUUUGGAGACUGGAGAAAUGCAGUAUUGAAAGCCAUUGAGAGCCAAUGCCUUCCUAAGACAGACGAAUGUCAGGCGAGCAGGCGACCCCACUUGAACAGUUACCCGUCUUGUAGAUGGAAUGAAUAAGUUAAAGUCUGGUAAAUUAAAGAAAGAAAGAAAGAAAGAAAGAAAGAAAGAAAGAAAGAAAGAAAGAAAGAAAGAAAGAAAGAAAGAAAGAAAGAAAGAAAGAAGAAAGAAAGAAAGAAAGAAAGAAAGAAAAAAGAAAGAAGAAAGAAAGAGAAGAAAGAAAAGAAAGAAAGGGAAAGACAUAGGGUCCCCCGUUUCAGUGUUUCUAUCCUCUGGCACUGGCUGACGUUGAGUUGGGGGCCUAGGGAUAUCAAUGUAGAAUCCACACGAAGAGCCCCUCCCCAGUCAGCUUUUAAACACCAGAGAAAGGCAGUUAAGGUCUAGGUAGGAGGACGUUUCGUUUACUUGUAAUGCUCAAUCAAACUGCACCUGAGUCUAAAAUAGCAACCUCGCAGGGUGGUUCUCCCUCCCCUGAGCAAGCCAGGCCAAGUACUCCAGACCUUACUUCCUUGUGAACCAAGCUGGAUUUGCCCUGUGUAUCAGAAUGGAUGAACAGGGCCCACCCACCGUGACUCAUGAUGAUUGAGUCUGGGAAUAAAACCACUUGGGCGUCCGUGAUAAUAACCACAGUGCUUUUUAGAAAUUGCCCCUUUGUUUUCAGCUCCUAUUGCUACCGCUGUGGCAUGGCUUUUGCUAAAAUUUCCUCUCUUGCUGGUUGCUUAGGAAACGUGAGUUGGUAAACCUACUUCGUUCAGAUGCUGUGGUGAUAAUUCUAGGGAUGGACAGUCACCAGCACCGACUGGUGGCAUCUAGGACCCAGGAGGUCUGGGUCUGACUAAUGGAAAAUCCUUCCUGCUUUAAAUUAGUGGGCAGAAGACCCUGUUGCUGCAGAGCAUAAAUCAGUGGCUGUUGGGUGGAGGGGCCCCUUAGCUUCAGAUGGCUUUGAAAGUCAUCAAGUCCUUCUCCAGCAGAAUUAGAACUGGGAAGUGUGCAUAUAGGUGAAGGGGAACUCAGAGCCUCCAGAGUUCCAGGGAGGAAUCUCUGCAAAGCCGGGCUUCAGGACUUACAGAUAGAUGAAUACAGUUACGAGGCCCAGCUAGAACUCUGUUGCCAAGAGGCAGGAAGGAUGGGCCCUGAACAGUGGUAGCCGUAUUGGUCAAACAUGGCCACAUGAUGCUCUUCCUCAGAACUUUACAGCUUUAACUUGAUCCCCCAAACGUAGCCCCUACCCAUUGUCCUGCCCCAUGCCCUCCCGCCUCUCCCCCACGGGUGGCUUCUACCUCUUGGCUUGGGCCCCGACAGGUCAUAGAGGCUUUCUCAAGUGUUCUCAUGAGGCUCUUGGAGCGUUUUCGGGUCUAACAGACCUUUCCAGCUAUCUGGGUAACUUUGUGCCUGGAACGCUUAGGCCUCCGUUACCUUGAAUCGCUGUUAUUUGGUGUGUGUCCUAGAAGUAACAGCUGCUUUCUGCAUAUAUUUUCUGAAAGUUCUUACCGGAGUUUAGAAAGCAGUUAGUCAGAAACCUUAAAAAUCUAUUUUCUUUAAGAUUUCUCCUCCACGGACAUGUCCUAGUGAGGUCAGCGACCGCUCUUGCAUUUCUCCUUAAAUCUGAGUGUUUCCCAUGCCACUGGGUGGAAAUAAUACUACAGAUGUGUUUGUUUUUUAAAAGACUUGCCCAUCCUGUAUAAGAAAUUACCUCCUUAUGACCCAGUAGAACUCACUGUGGAUGGAUGUGUCCGUCAGAUUAGAGAACCACAGUUUUGCAUUCAUCAUUUGAAGACUAUUGUACGCUCGUGUGCAGGUGAUUAAGUGAAGUUUUAAAGUGUAACUGAUGAAUCAGUAUUUGAUCAAUCGUUGUCUUGAUAUUUUAUUAAAUUGUAUAUUUCUAAUCAUAUUUUUUAAAGCUGAGAGAAAUGGUUGGAUGUUUAUUCUCCUGAAGGUAUUUUUAAGACAAAGCUUCACCGUAGCCUGUAAACUUGGCACAUACAUGUAGUUUUUGAUACUUCUUGUUGCAUUUGAAAAUCUUGUGUAUUGUAAAAUGGUUUUAUACAAAAUACUAAAUGGUAGAAAUUGUAUAAUUUACAAUCAUAUAAUUAAAAAUAUUAAACAGUU